UCUGAUUCGCCGAGACACGUCAACUUCCGGAAGUAGCUUUGUUUCGCACAACCAUAAAUAAUUUACCUUCCUGCUUCGGAGUCUUCCUCGUCAGGAGGAAGUGUCCUUAUCCCCACUGAAGUAGAAUACCGGACUCUGAGCAGGUCAUCAGACAGUCUCCUUAUGUCAGUCCGCAACGGGUCUGCCAGUGAUGCAGACUGUCAGAUCUCUGAGGACUGCAACGUCCCAGAUGUUGAGCUGAAGGAACUCGGGCCCCUGCUGGAGGAGGGGGGGGGUCGGCAGGGGCCGUCUAAAGGUGUCCAUCCAGAGGGGGUAGCAAUGCUAGCUGAGGAGGAAGACGAUGAUGAUGAGGUGGGAGAGGUUUUGACUCUACCUCUUCAGGCCCACCAUGCCAUGGAGAAAAUGGAGGAGUUUGUGCACAAGGUUUGGGAGGGUCGCUGGAGGGUCAUCCCCUUCCAUGUCCUGCCGGAUUGGCUGAAGGACAACGACUACCUGCUGCACGGACACCGGCCUCCCAUGCCUUCGUUCAGGGCCUGCUUCGGAAGCAUCUUUAGAAUUCACACAGAGACGGGGAACAUCUGGACUCAUCUGUUAGGGUUGAUCUUAUUCGUUUGUCUGGGCACUUUAACCAUGUUGCGCCCCAACAUGUAUUUUAUGGCACCUCUGCAGGAGAAGGUUGUGUUUGGGAUGUUCUUCCUGGGAGCAGUCCUCUGCCUCAGCUUCUCCUGGCUUUUUCAUACUGUCUACUGCCACUCGGAAAAAGUCUCUCGCACCUUCUCCAAGCUCGACUACUCGGGCAUCGCCCUCCUCAUCAUGGGUUCCUUCGUGCCCUGGCUCUACUACUCCUUCUAUUGCUCCCCUCAGCCUCGACUUAUCUACCUCACCAUUGUUUGCGUUCUCGGCAUCGCUGCCAUCAUAGUCGCCCAGUGGGACAGAUUUGCAACCCCCCGCCACAGGCCAACCAGAGCAGGCGUCUUCAUGGGUCUUGGACUCAGUGGCAUCGUCCCCACCAUGCACUUCACCAUCGAGGAAGGCUUUGUAAAGGCCACCACGGUCGGACAGAUGGGUUGGUUUUAUCUGAUGGGUGCCAUGUACAUCACCGGCGCCGGUCUGUACGCUGCCAGAAUCCCCGAACGCUUUUUCCCUGGAAAGUGUGACAUCUGGUUCCACUCCCAUCAGAUUUUCCACGUUCUGGUCGUGGCAGCGGCCUUCAUUCAUUUCUACGGCGUCUCCAACCUGCAGGAGUUCCGCUACGGCCUCGAAGGAGGAUGCACAGAUGACUCUCUGCUCUGAAAGCCCCGACUGUGACUCACUUUACUUUAAAGCCACACCCACAUAAACACACACACACACAUGCAAAAUGCUGCUGGACAUCAGUAUAGUCUCUUCUUGCUCCUUCUGUCCUUCUGGGUUGCUUACUUCUUUGGGUUUUAGUGGUCUUUCUGCUUUGGCUCUUUUUGCUCCAGUAAAGUAGCACUUACUAGCCAAUGUUCUGUGGAGGGAACAGAAAUUAAGUUUUUACUCUGACAACCAUCAGAUAAGUGUUAAAGAUAGUGUUUUGAACUAGGGUUAAAGUGGGAUUUUUUUCCAAGUCUGAUAGAUAACCUCUUCAUAAACACUCUCUGUUACCCUGAACCUCGCCAUGGUCUGUUACAGUUGCACAAAAAGGGUUCAGAGGGUGAUGUUAUUCAUGCUAGAGGAGACGGCACAAAGUGCAAGUCGUUCCCCUUCACCUGUGGAGGACGGUUGGAGGGUCUGCAGCGGCGUGGAGACUGGAGGGAACAGAUGCCAUCCUGUAAGGAGUACAAACCUGGAUGGUUGUCACCAGAUGUAUUGAAAUCAACCAUGUUUGGCUUCUCAGCAAUAAAUGAAAAAAAAAACAGUUAAACCCCUAAAUUCCCACUCAGUAGAAAA